AUGUAUGUGUAUAUUUAGUUUUUAACAGUUCUAAAAUGAAAAUAAAAGAAAUACAUAAACAUAAAAACGAAAAUUAAAAAGAAAAUAAAAUAAUUAUGAAUGUGAAAACUAAAACAAAUGUAUUAAGAUAACAGUUCAUGUAAAUAACAAACAGUUGCUGCAACAAGACACACCAACCACUAAAAAAUAAAAAUAAAUAAACAAGCAAAACCGCCAGAAUGUUGAAAAGUUCAAAAAGUAUGAUCUCUUCAACACACGAUCAAUUAUUAAAUGUCAUAUACAAAAUUAAAAAUUGUUAUCAACAUCAUAAGUGGUAUUUUGAUGACCUAUUUUCUAGGUGCAACAACAUAAAAAAACAAAAAAGAAGAUCCCCAAAUGCAAGAAGAAACAACAAAAACAAGCCAAAAACAAAAUAUCUUAAUAGUAAUAAUAGUGUUAUUAGUAGUAACGAUGAUAAUAGUAAUAUUAAUAUUACUACGGCGGCUAAUAAUAUUCCGAAUCAGUGUUAUUGUGCAAAUUUUAACGUCGAUUGGAGUAGAGUGAAUUUAAAAAAAUAUUUACGACACAUUUGGUUUUAUUUCCAAAAGAAUUUUAAUAACAUACAAUUAGUGAUAGUGAUUUUUUUAUUAGCUCUAAUUACGACCACAGCCCAUAGUAUAGACACUCAGGAGAAGCCUCAUGGGAUAAAAUUAAAAAUGAAAACAACUACUAGUCCAUCAUUAUUAGACGCAUCACAUAAUGCUGUUACAAGUCCAACAUCCAGAGCCAUCAUGCCUUGUUACCAUUUCCCAAAUAGUUUACAAACCAAAGCGGGCACUAAUUCUAACUUAAAAUUCAAGCCGAAUAUUUGCCACAAUAUACGACAUAUAUUUAAUCGACACCGUACAGCACAUCGAAAUCAUAUAAUGAAGAAUAAUGAAGUCAAUAUAGUCAACAAAACUAACUACAGCAACAAACAACUAAAACUCAAUAGUAUUUCGAACCGUAAUCAAAAUCCCAUACAUUUUCAUCAUUAUCAACAUAACGACAAUCAGAAACAGCAUCACAAUCAAGAUGAUUCAAGUGUAAUAAUGAUAGAUAAACAGAUACAAAAUUUAAAUUCCAAUACAAAUAUAAUUAAGUUUAAAAAUAAUAUAAACAAAAAUAAUCCGACCAAAGAAAACACAGAAGAUCCAAGUAAAAAUAACAACUUGAAUUUAAACAAGUUUCUACAGCACAUUCGUACAAAUAAUUAUGCUAAUAAAAAUAACAAUAAUUAUAAUAAUAACAUUAAUAGCAACAACUUUAGUAAUGACAAGCUAACAUUUUUAGCUAAUGUGAAUACACUAAAAGAAGAUGCAAAUGAUGUAAUUAAUGAUCAAGUUGUGAAUGAUGAACAUAUUGAAAUUAACAACAACACGUACACGUCACUUAAUUUAUUGCCACCUGUUACAACAAUAAUCACCUCAAGCCAAACAUUCAACAACGAUGAUCAUGAUAAUUCAUUACUGCAAACUAUUGAACACAACACCGAUCAUCAUUUACAACAACAACAUAUGGAUCACAUUAAACUGAUGAAAUUAGUAAUGGAUGGUUUGGGCUUAAAAAAAGCCCCAAAUAUGAAAACAGCUAACAUAAGUCAAGAGGAGUAUGUCACCAAAUAUCGAGAAUAUUUGCAACGUGUUCAUACGCGAAAACGUCGGGAGUUACGAGACGUACUUGGCGAGUAUGAUGAAAAUAUUUUAAGACCUUUAGAAAUAUUCAGCAUUGUGAGCAGUAGUGCAAGUAUGGAACAGGAACAUUUCAUAACGACAAGAAAAAAGAGAGAUACUCGAGUGUACAAAAAUAAUAAAGAAAAUAUUGACGACGACUUCGACAACGACAACGACGAUUACGACGAUGGUGAUAAAAAACAAAGCCUUGAGGAACGUGUCAAGAACAUCUUGUUAUUGAAGAAGAAAUAUCAAAAACCGAGAAGUACAAACAAACAGAGAGAUGAACGAAAGACCAACAUUCGUUUAAUGUUUGCUCUAAAACCAGAAUUUUUAAAUUUAAGCUCUAGUGAUAUCGAGGAAGCAAACAUAAGACUGGUCCUUAUUCAUAGUCCCAUUUUAGCCAUAAGAAAUUCUAAAAGUAAGAAACAAACACACACAAAACCCAAAAACAACUCAUGCAGUUCGAGCAAAAACGAAGGCCAAAAGAAACUUCACCAAAUGAAUACAUUAAACUUAAAAUUGUACUUUAUAUCCAGGGCUGGUAAACGAGUCUGGCUAGAUGGGCGAAAAAUUGACAUACACGUUGACCUUACUAAGCCAGAUGAAACCCAUACGCAAUGGCUACAGUUUGACGUCUCAAAAGCGGUCAAAACGGCAAUAGACGACAAACGGCUACAACACGUGGUUUUGGAAUUACAGUGCGACAAUUGCAAGCGCAUUGGAGCCCGUAUACUAAAUGAUGCAUAUAAUACCGUAGCUGAUGCUCUGGCAGAUGAUCCUUACACUGAAGGACAUCAACUUAUGCCUGUUCUAAAUAUCAUCGGUCAUUUUGACCAAUCCCAACGCUCAAUGAGGCCUCACAAGCACGACAGCCAACAAAGGGACACAAAUGAGGAAGCAACUACGCAGCAUCAUUACCACCAUCAGACUUACAACAACAAGAAUCGUUAUAACCGCCGAACCAACUGCUACAAAGCCAAUCAACGUUGCUGUCGUCAUUCGAUGGAGGUGACGUUUAAAGAAAUUAAAGGUUUCGAAUUUAUUAUACAACCCAAAGUUUUUGACGCCGGCUACUGUCACGGUCGUUGUCCACCUCGUUAUAAUCCAGCACACCAUCAUGCCAUGCUGCAGAGUCUCAUUUGGAAACAAAAUCAUCACAAAGCCCCACGUCCGUGUUGUGCUCCUUCCAAACUAGUUGAGUUGGAGGGUUUGCAUGUUGACGAAAAGGACAGUGAAAAAUUAAAAAUAUCCACUUGGAGCGAUAUGAAAGUAGUCGAAUGCGCUUGUUCGUAGAACGAGUAAAUAAACAUUAAAAACUAAUAGUGUGUAAUCGAAAUACUUAGAAAUUAGUCUCAAACGAAUGAACAGAAGCAGCAGUAAGAAUGAGCAUCUACAUUUCAAAAAGCCAAAAAUAAAUCGUACCAAAAUCAAAAUAUUUACACUCAUACAUUUUUAAUAUUCACACUUAUAAAGAACAUAAUAAAAUUGUUUUUCCCUUUUGGAAAAAAAAUCAGAUAUAAAUAAAUUUGGCACAAACUUGUAGUCAGCAAUAUGCAAAGUAAUACUUUCCGUUAAUUAUACAUAUUUUUAACAUAGGUACAAAAUUUUUUUACACUAAAUAUCAAAUACCUACAGGACAGACCAAAUAACAUUCCACUACUUACCAAUAAUAGUAU